CAACUUAGCCACCUCACUGCCGGUUACCUGCCUUGCCCACAGCAGACAACUCGCACCGCUACCACGUGCCUCACCACAUCACAAUUACAAACCUCCAUGGUGGAGUCAACCAACAGUUCAACCCCGGGAGUCGGCGCAAAUCUGGCGACCUCACCUCGUUCGGUGGUGGUACUCACUGCACCUCCCAACAUGGUGCCCUCGCUUCGUGUGCCCAUCAACUUCCUGACACCCCUCCAUGCCGUGUUCAACGAGAACCUCAUCGUCAUCCCUCCACAUCUUCCUCCUGCCGCCGCUGACCCUGCGCUGCCUGCGAUUGCUGAGGACGCUGGUGCCGCCGGUGCCACUGCUGGUGCCGCCGCUGCCGCUGACGCUGCGCCCGCCGCCAUCGCUGGCGCUAUGCUGCAGCCGCCAGCAGGAGAUGACGAUGGUGACUUACAGCUCGAAGGCGUCCCAAUCUUCUACGCAGGCCUGCUCAACGCCCUGGUACGCCGCCCCUCUGUCACGGUCCAGAUCGUCCUCUCGCUCCGCACACCCACCUCGCGUCGCGCCAUCCUGAACAAGCUGCGCGAGCCCACUGCUGGCCGCCGUGCUCUGUUCCUGAUGGCCGCGCAAAACCGCGGCGAGGAGAUAACCGCGACAAUGGAGACCGGCAUCAUGGGCGUCACGCCCGACACUCCCCUCCUGAUCCACAUCCUAGUCGAGCUUCUGGUGCAUGACCAAAACAUGCUCACGCUCAACUCCAACAUCGACCAGGCCGCCUUCACCAGCCACGCGCCUGUGUAUGGCGCCUUCAUGCCAGUCGUGCUUGACAACAGCAACCUCAUCGGCUACUUGCUGUCGGCCGCGCUGGCUGCAUACGAUGGCACCCUGGUGACCAUGCCGCCUGAUGUGGCGCGCGUCGUCUACGGAGCGCAGCUGGACGCCGUACUCGCUUGGGCAGCACAGCCCGCUCCCUAUGAGCCGCAGCAUGCCCGGAUCAGCCGUUGGACUAUCGCGGGCGCCACCGUGCAGGCGCAGCUGCCGUAAUGCUGCUUACUCCUCCACGACUGAUUACGCCUCCACCCCUGCUUAGAACCAACCUGCAUUCCUGGCUUUGAUGCGCAACAUGCGUGCACGGAGGCAUCUCUGAACUGCUUGGUAGUGCGCGCAAAUGCGCUAUUGAGAAGCUGUGGCUGUUGCGUAGAUGUAUCUUCUGUGCGGCUGCUUGACAUUUCCUAGUCUCAGUGCUCAC